AUGACCUCGCAUGCGCCGCCGAAGCUACUCGGCAGGAUGCCAAGCCGCAAGCCGAAUCAGCACCACCUCCCGCCACUGCUCCCUCCAUCCUCACCGCCCACCACGGAACCGAUUUCUCCUGUUGGGUGUCGGGCGAUCGCGCCCCAGCCUACAUCGCUUUCAGGCAGGGCCUCGCGCCGAGGUAGUGCCUCCCUACGUAACUGCUGCAGUGUCACGAAAAUGGGGUUUAUGGCCGAGGCAGAUUCGCGUCAUGCAGCACGCCAUAGCGAGGAAGAUGUAGUUAGCUACGCCGUGAAGCAUCAACUGCCCAAUUUGGUCAACGAUAUGAUUGAGGACUUGCUGCGUGAAAGACCUGAGGAGGAUGUGGAGGGGUGGAUUUUCCGUUGGUUUGCGCGGGAGUAUGAGCGGCGUCAAUUGGGGUCGCGGCAACUGCUGGUGCGGUCACGCUUCCAUUCCUUUCGACGAGAUGCUGCCAGCAGAGAAGCGCCUAAAAUGAGUGGGGAGCCCUUUUUGGUGCGAUCGUCGUCGUCUGUGUCGUCGGCGCGGCGGGGGUCGAGGACCACGCUCCCUUGCAGCGGGACGGUGCUGGCUGUUGGCGGCCCCGCGAAGGAGGAAGUGGCGACCGAGUCGCAGCCACGGGCCGUGUUGGGUUCGCCGCAGUGCAACACUGUUAUGUACUCGCCACCGCCCAUGGCGGGAAUAGUGGCACGCGGCGUCACGGUGCCGCUGCCGUCAGACUUUGCCCCCACCAGUGGGAGCCCGCUGAUUACCACCAUCAUUGCCCAGCGUUCCCUUCCAUUCCCCCGGGACCCCCCACAGUUGUCAGCUGGGGAGGAAGAAACCGUCGUGCCGCGGAUACCACGCGGCGCGGACUUCCGACUCAAGUCGCGUUCCCCCCACACUGUAGAUGUUUGCGGCAACAAGAACAACAACAGCGACGGGAGUCUGGCUCCAAGCCCUGUGUGA